CAAACAACUCAGUUGUGGCCUAAGCUAUUUUAGUGUCUGGUGUAAGUUCAGCUUGUGCACAAAGGUUUUGGAUUGGAAAGUGCUGCGGGGUUGUGCAGUGUUUGCAGGGGGGUGGAUGGAAUCGCACAAAAGCUGGUCUUGCUGACAGAAGGGGUUUGUCCCAAGGUUGUGCCUGUGUGUUCUUAAUCCAUUCCUGGCCAGGCAGAGAGGACAGAGGUGUAAGAAAAUGAUAAUGUUUAGUCCUGAAUCUUUGCAUCUGGAUUCAAGGGCGCACGCUCAGCAUUAUCGGGUGUGACUCUGUUACCUGUGCUUCCAGCUCCUGCUGGCUCUGCGGUGAACCCCAGAGGAGAGGGGCAGUGGGACAUUUCUUCGUCCCUGUGCUCUGGAAACCAGGGUCCAGGGGCUGAGGCCACCUGGGAGCACUUGGGAAGUGCUGGGGCUCCUGUACAACUUUGCACAAACCAUCUUGUUCUUUCUGAAUAUUCAACCACUGCUUUUGUCAGAAGAGCCUAUCCAUUUUUUUAAAGUUUAACUUCCUAUGUCCGUUUAAACCAAGUUACGCAGGUCUGUGUGCACCGAUCUCAAGAAAUGGAGUAAAUUUAAAAACCCCUUCAGCCUGACAGCCACUUGGAAUGGGGGAAUUGGAUUGCUGAGCACUCUGGAGUGGGACCGGCCUGCCCUGGGACAGCAGAGCCUGGCCAGUGCGUGCCAGGAGCUCCUUGUGCUUCACACCAGAUGGUGUGCCCCGACCUUCCUGUGGGCUGUGCAGGGCUUAAACAUCGAUGAAACUUUGGAAGUGGCAGUGGCAGCCCCUGGGUGAGCCUGGCAGGGCAAAUCCCCAUCCAUCAAAUGGCAGCUUUUUCCUGAGCAAAUAAUGGGUACCGCUGGCACUGAGGUGAGGGGAAAAGCUUGUAGGGACUUGCCAGGCAGAACUGAGGUGGGUGCAAGGAUGGAAUGCAGGGAGCUUUUUUGGGAAAAAGGGCAAGGCCUGGACACCUGUGGCAAGAAAGGGCAGAAGGAGCUCUUUCACCUCUGUGUGGAGGUUCCCCCUCAGCUUAAAGUCUGCUAAGUGGGAGCUGCUGCAAGAUGGCACGGGGCACUCCUGGGCAGCCCAGGGCAAGCAUGCCCGUCAGCGAGCGCUUUGUAACUGCAGAGGGACGGGGCAGCAGGGCCUCCCUCACCUUGUUUUCUGUGGAUUGCUCUGGUGGCUCAGCGACAUUUUUUCCCCAUUCCGGUGCCCGUGGUAAACAGUGGGAAUGUCCAGAGCUGGGGGCGCGGCCCUCCCAGCCCAGCCCAGCGUCCAGCGUAGCAACAGUGGCUUCAAACACUGCAGCCGCCACCGCCAGCAGCAGGGUGUUGGACAUGGAGACCUUCCUCUGCCCCCGCUGCUGCUUGGAGUUCAGAUCCCAACCGCUGCUGCGGGUGCACAUGGAGAAGCUGUGCCUCGGGCCCACGGCACCCGGCAGCUCCUGCCUCCGUGGGGGGGACCCUCUGCCUGUGGAGGGAGCACAGGGCACGGCAAGGAAAUCACAGGACGUCUCGGUCGGGGUGCCCCUAAAUAUGGACAACGCUGAGCCACGCCAUCACUUUGUGCCUCGUGGGCUCCCACCAGCUGUGGGGGGACAGCGGGGACCAGGGCGGGCGCAGGGAGCUCCCCUGGGGGAUGUGCUGACCCCCCGCGAGAGGGCCCUGCUCCGCACGGCUGACCCCCCUUCCAGGAGACUGCCAGCAGAGGGAGAGCCCCCCCGGCAGCCGCUCCCACUGCAGGGACACCGGCAGCCGCCGCAGGAGCUGCUGGAAGCCCACGAGCGCCAGGUGGCCGAGAUCAGGGCCAGCACGCGGCAGCUGGAGCGGCAGAGAGAGAGGCUGUGCCAGCAGCUGGCCACACUGGGGGCCAGGGCACCUCUGGGGCACCAGCCUGAGCAGGGGGAGCCGGAGCCGAGCCAGGGCCCGCGGGACCAGGCCGGACAGGUCCCAACAGCACAGCACAGGGCCACCCUCCACCUCGACACCUUCCUGCCGCCCGCAGGGCCGCUCGCAGCCGAGGCCAGGGCGCUGCGAGUGUCCUACCUGCGCUCCGGGGGACACGACCCGGCCAUCCUGGAGCAGCUUCUCCACCUCCAGCUGGAGGCCACGGUGCUGGAGAAAGGAACCGCGGGGCCGCGCAGGGGCAGGCGGAUGGAGCCCCCCAGCACUGGCACUCACGGUCUGGCUGAGGCGCUGUUGGCCGUGGAGCUGGAGAACCGGCGUCUGGAAGAUGAAUUGUUGGCACUGAAGGUCAGAAGGGAGAGGAGAGCAGAUGCUGGCUCACGGGCAGCCCAGCGGCACACAGAGGAACUGGCCCGGCUCCAGGCAGAGGUGGGAAUGCUACGAUGCCACGCAGAGCAGACAAGGCCAUGGCUGCACGCCCCUGUCUUCCCACGCCCUGUAGCCCCCACACUGCCACCAGCCUUUGCUGUGCCAGAACUUUUCAUGGAGGCCCCCGGGCCAGCACUGGGGCCUGGCAGACGCACAGCCCACGUGCCCCCCGGACUCCCCCUCACCCCCUUUGCGGCCCUGGAGGACCCUCCUCCUGCUCAGGAGCCCCCAGCACAAGACAGGGCUUCCCGAAGGUGAGGCAGGAAUAGGCCAUGGCCCCACUGGACUGCCCUGCCACCCCCUCCACCAGCAAACUGGGGCUUCAGUCACUGUUAGGGCAAUGAAGGAAAACCUGUGUUCAAACAGCAGAGAUGGGUUCAGGGACCAGUUGUGCAGCUGGUACCAGGAUCCCACAGAGCUGGGGUGGGUGGAAGUGUAUGGCAUCACUGCUGGGACCAAAGGGGCUCUGAGCAUUUCAGCAGGAAAAGGACAGGCAAACCCCCAAGCCAGCAGCAGACAGACAGCUCAGCCUCCACCUCAGGACAGAGCCCACAGCCAGAAGUGGUUCAACCACUCCUGCUAACAAUGGUGGUUUGGGGACAGGCAGACGACAGAGGGGCACAAUAAAUUCCCUGCCCUCAGGCACAUCCCCACAUCCAGCCCUCUGUAGGGAAAGCCUAACCCAGGGCUGCACAGCUCAGCCCUGGGAACCAGCAAAAACCACAGCCAGCUUUCCAAGGUGUCAGAGGCCCUGUGCUACAUGGUUAAUAAAAGGCUUCAGCUCAUUGCUCUUCACUUCUUGGCUUUUUUUUAUACACACACAACCCAGGGAAGGGUCCCAGCCCCACCUGGGCACUCAAGCUGGCUCAGGGCACAGCUCUGCCCCUGCCUCCAAUCAUCAGCACCUGCCCCUGCACCCUCCUGGGUGCAAAGUGGAGGCUGAGCAGAGAUAAAAAUACACAGCAACAAAGCCCAGAUGUUACAAAGCUCUUUCUUUAUCAGCCUUCCCCAGCGUCUUUAGGCUGCUCAAAGCUGAGGGAGGCACUACCAGAACCCACUUCAGGCUCAGCCUUGAAUGAAAAAAACACAGCCCCAGCUGUGACAUGGCCCCAGCAGAAGAAAAAAAGGUCAGGUCUCUGGACAAGACAGUGAAGUUCAGGCAAUGCUCUCCCUUCCCUGCAGCAGCCAGCCCUGCCUGGCCCACCUGAUCCUCUGCUCCUAAGGAGGCAGAUGCGGG